CAUGGCGGAAAGCGGUCAAAAUGUCGAUAAACAAAGUGAAGGAAGUUCUGUGAGCGACACCAUCAAUAAACAGGGCUGGUUAUCUAAACGGAGUCGUCUCUCCAAACGCUGGGAUAAGCGGUGGUGCUGUCUAAGAAAAAAUGAACUAACUUAUGGCUUAACGGCAGAGGAUCAACACAAAGUAGUCUUAUUGGAGGGAUGUGAGAUGUCAGAUUGCGACAUUGACAAAAAACAGUUUGCCUUUAGAAUAAAACCCAGCGGGGGAAGACGUGUCUACUUCUUUUCUGCUGACAGUGAACAGGACCAGCAGGAAUGGCUACAGGCAAUAUGCUUUGCUAAGGCAUCAGGCAACAUGGGCGAUGGAUCGCAAGCUUGUACAAUACAAUAACAGCUACAGUACUGUUACCAAACAUCUUAGAAGCUUAAUUUCAAGCUCAGAAAACUGUGAAUGCCAGAAAUAUUUUUUGAAUGUUUUGUUGUAAGGAAGAAAUUAGGAAGGUGUAAGGUGCAAGAGCAUGAGCAGGCCUCAUUACAAGUGCUGUUAGUAGGACAUGUGUUUCUCCACUCAUGGGAAGUCAUUCUAAUUGCCACCCAAUGUGCAAAAACUGCCUCUAAAGUACAACUAGCAUUGAAAAUUGAGUUGAUGUACUUGAUAGCUUGUUCUUAAUUUUAUUUGAGUGGUUGCACUACAAGUGACUAUUCAAUACAGGUGGAAGGCAAUAGAAACAAGCGGUUGGGACUUAGUAAAGGGGAAAGGUGACCAUUUAAUACAGUGCCACUUAAUACAAGUUAACUGUAUUUUGGGUACUAGAUUUCUUGCAGAUCUCUAGCCAACUCACAUAACUCAAGGCUUCGUACUCUCCCCGUGAGGGAGGAAACACUUGUGCAGAAACACUUAUGAGGCUGUGCUCACAAGCUAGUGAGAUACAAAAAUGCGAGUUUUUUUGAUGUGUGAUUUGCUUUCCUUUCCUGAUCUGCAGUGCAAUUGGUUGUUAUGUGAUGUAUUUUUUGUAUGCAAGUUCCUGAAAUAUUCCAGGUGUUCACCAUUUGCUGGGUUUUUUAAGAAAAAGAAUAUUAUUUUACACCCAGCAGAAGAAAAAAAAGUCAAGUAAAACUUGAUAGACGUUGUACUUUAAUUUAUAAUGAACAUAUUACUAAUGUUAUUCUAUAUAUUUUAUCCAUUAAUCUUGUACAAAGAGCGAGCCAGUGGUUAUGUAUUGUAGGCUAUACUUGCUUAAGCUAGUUUGGAGUUAAUUUAACCCUUAAAACCCCCAAGAGUGACCAGCAUCUAAUUUCUCCUUACAAUAAUGCUGCUGAAUCAUUCAGUUAGAUUAUGAGA